AAAUGACCCCGAAUUGCAAGUGGAUUUCCAUAUCAGCCCUGAUGAGAAGUCUGACAUCGCCUUCCAUUUCCGAGUCUACUUUGGGCGUCUUGUGGUCAUGAACACUCGUCAGAGUGGAAAGUGGGAAAAUGAGGUGAAAUCUUCCACAAUGCCCUUUGAGGAUGGCAAGCCAUUUGACCUGCGCAUCUUGGUGCUGCACAAUGAGUACCAGGUCAUAGUAAACAGGCAAUACUGUUACAGCUUUGCCCAUCGAAUCCAGCCAAGCUCUGUGCAGAUGGUUCAGGUGUGGAGAGACAUCCGCCUGACCUCCGUGGAUGUCGUCUAG